GAAAGAAAUAACAGUGUAGUACUCAAAAGUUCUUAAAGAUAUUGUUUAUGAAGUAAUACUUUUAUUAUGAGAAGUAAUGCUGAGAAAGUAUGAAAUUAUAAUGAAACUUUAUUAUGUGUGAAUUAUUGAAAGAUAUACUAAUUUAAAAAUUAAAUUUUAUUAUUUAUUUAUUGAUAAAAAUAAUAUUUUAUAUAGCAUUACUAAUAAAUAAGAAGUGAUAAUGAUAGAAUCGUCAACAUGGAAUACGAAAAAAGACGAAGCAAUAUAUAAAGCGGCAGGUUCAAUACAUUUGCGAAAAUAUGGACAAUUUUUCGAAAAUUUAGCAAAGCAAACAUGGAAAAAAGAUUCUACAUUAGAAUAUUUUAUAGAAGGCCCUCUUCGGCUUGUAUAUAAACCUGUUGAGGAUAUUAGUUUGAUAAGUUUAAUAGAAAUGGAAAAUAAAUUUUUAUCAAAAUUACUUGCUGCAGUUGCUGGUACUUGUAGAGAAAUUAGACUUCUUGUAAUGGAAGCUAAAACAUUCUAUAAAAAAUUGUUUAUUCAUGGAGAAAAAGGAACAGAAAAUAAUCAAAGUAAUAUCACAUCUCUUCUAUCUGAUUUACAAGAUUUAUUUGUUUUUGUAAAUAGAAUAUGGACAGUUACACAUUUAACAACAGAACAAUUAUCUAAUCUAGCCAGUGAUUCUAAUGAUAUAUAUUUACCCGUAUUAAUAGAACAUUUUAUUGAUUUGUUUAUAAUUGUUUUAACAUUAGACGAAAUUGUUGAAUCUCAACCAUCUUUACAAGAGCAAUGGAAAAAAUAUAGAAUGAAUGUACGUUCUAUUAUGCAUAAUCCAUCGCAAUUUGGUAUAAAUGAAUCUAAACUACAUGUGUUCAAUAAGUUAUUGAAAGAUUUACAAGAAAAUUUAUUAAAGAAAGUUUUAUUUUCUAAGACAAUAGAAAGUAUAAUGGAUGUAAAUAAAGGACCUAUAAUGAACGAACAUAUUACUAAUUAUCUAAAAAAUUUAAUAAUAGAUAUAGAAAAUAAACCAAAUGAUUAUGUUUCAUUAAAUAAAAAUUGGAUUGAAAUAAAUAUUGGUAUUGUUAUAAUAACAAAAUUAUUUGGUACCUGUGAUAAAAGAUUAAUUAAAAAGGUGCUUGAAAAUAAUAAAAAAUUCUAUGCUGUAAAUUUAAUUGGAAAUGUUAUAUGGAUUCCAAGUAAAUUUUUAAGUGAUUUUUUGCCAAAGGAAGCUGGAAAUACUAUUAAUCAACAAAUAGGAGAAAAAAUAUUAAGUUCAAGAAUACAGAAACUUUCGCAAACUGUAAAUAGUUUAAUUCAGAAAGCAGUAACAUGGUGCAUUGAUAUGCAAAGUAUUUUAAUGAAAACAAGUCUUCAAAUUUCAGAUAUUGGACAAAAACAAUCUUUAUUAAUUGAUUUAGUUGCUCUUUUAUCUCAAAUUAAAGAAAUCAUAUCUUUUAUAAUAAAUAUGCAUGCAAUUCUUAUUAAACCAAUGAAUCGCAAUACUGUCCAAUUAAUUUGUAGAUUAAUAGAAAUACAAAAAUCUUUACAGACUACAUUUUACAUUUUGGGACCAGUUAUAGUGCAAUCACAAAGUCAAGUAUUACAAUAUUUAAGUUAUUAUAUAUUAAUUACAUUAGAAACUGCACGUAAAAGUUUGAUUCAGAAAGAUAAAGGUUAUAGCAAAGAAAAAUUAGACUCAUUAUCAUUAGUGGGUUUAAGUAUGAGAUUAUUAAAUGGACCACCAAGUGCAGAUAGGAGAUUAAUAAUUAGAUGUGCUCUAGCAUGUGCUAAUCAAUUAACAGAUACUUUCAAAGAGGAGGAUAUGGUGAAAUUACGUUUUUCAUUAAAUAAUUAUGAUAUUAUUGCUGAGUUGCAUAAUAUUAUUAUAGAUCUCUGUGAUUAUUCUAUAUUAUUGUAUCACCAGAAUAUAAUUCCAGCUUAUUUUUCUUCUGUAACAGAUAGUAAUUUAAAUAUAAAUCAUAUUGUUCAUUUGUUCAAUGCAUUUAAUAGUACUAUAAGUGAACAAGAAGGAUUAAAUUUAAAACAAAAAAGAAUUAUGCAAUUAAAAGAAAUGUUAACCAAAAAUAUAUUAGAACCUGUUUGCCAUGAGAUUGAAACUAAUUUAAGGCUUCAUGUUCAUGAGCAUUUAAAGUUGAAUUCUACAAAUCCAUUUAAUAUUGGAGCAAAAGAUGGUGGAAGAAUAGUGCGAUCAUUGCCUCUACCUCUAGCAAAUAGUAUGAUAUAUGCCAAAAGAUUUAUCGAACAUUAUCUUGAUGAUAUGUUUUAUAAUCUCACUACAGUGGCAUUGCAUGAUUGGAGAACAUAUCGAAUGAUGCAUGCUUUGGCACAUUAUAAAUUAAAUCUCAAUACUGUUCAAAAUCCCUUACCUACACAAACCUUGGAACAGGGUUUGGAUGCUUUAGAAAUUAUGAGAAACAUUCAUGUAUUUGUUUCAAAAUAUUUGUAUAAUUUAAACACUCAAACAUUUAUUGAACAUACUAGUAACAAUAAACAUUUAAACACCAUUGGAAUUCGACAUAUAGCAAAUUCUAUUAGAACACAUGGAACUGGUAUUAUGAGUACAACAGUUAACUUUGUUUAUCAAUUUCUUCGUAUAAAAUUACAUACAUUUUCACAAUUUCUUUUUGAUGAACAUAUAAAAUCAAGAUUAAUGCGAGAUAUAAGGUUUAUUAAAACUCAAAGAGAAAAUGGAACAACACCUUAUACAUACGAAAGAGCAGAAAAAUUCCAAAAAGGAAUCAGAAAAUUAGGUAUGACACCUGAUGGUCUAAGUUAUUUAGAUCAAUUUCGACAAUUAAUAACUCAUAUUGGAAAUGCAUUGGGCUAUGUACGAUUAAUCAGAUCUGGUGGAUUACAUGCUAGUUCAAAUGCUGUUUCAUUCUUGCCAAAUAUUGAUUCAUCUAUACCAUUUGAAUUAAUGUGUAAAAAUUUAAAUUAUAGUGCAACAACUCAAGCAGCAGCAAAAUGCUUAGAAAAUGAUAUUGCAAAUUUAGUACGACAUUUCACAGAGGGUAUACAAUAUUUCAAACUUCUUGUCGAUGUAUUUGCAUCUGCUUUUCGAGAUACUGAAUCACAUCAUUUGCAACAAUUUUAUGCUAUUGUACCUCCAUUAACAUUAAGUUUUGUUGAUAACUCAAUAUCAAAUAAAGAAAAAAUGUUUAAGAAAAAUCAAAUAGGUGCAGCUUUUACUGAUGAUGGUUUUGCAAUGGGAAUUGCUUAUAUAAAUGCCCUUUUAAAUCAGUCAUCAGAAUUGGAUAGUUUACAUUGGUUUAAAACAGUUGAACAAUAUAUAAAUGCUGAAAAACAAAUUGCAGAAGGUAAUAAAAAUAUUCAUGGAGAUGAAAAAUUGCAACAAACAAGGGCAUUAACAUUAAAACGCUUAGGUGAAAGGAGUGCUGAAUUUCAACUGCUCUAUUAUAGUUUAUCUGGGGCUAGAGUGUUUUUUAAACAAUCUGAUACAUAAUAUUUCAUAAUGUAUUAUUGAAUUGAUUAAUUAUAAUGUGAUAGUUAAAUAUUUUUGUUUCAUAUUUCAUUACUAAUGUAUAAAAAAAUAUCAAAUUAUACAAUGAAUAAUGUUAUGUGCUUUAUAAAAAAGCUUUAAAUGCUAAAAAUAGCUAUAAUUAUAUGCUAUAAAUUUAUUUUAUUUUCAUAAUCCUUUUGUAACUUGUAUUAUAUAUAUUACAAUAAUGAGAAAAUAAAAAUACAGUAAUAUAUAAAAUAAAUUUUGACUUAUUAAAAAGACAUAGUUUACAGUGAA